AUGCCUUCCAGGAGGCAUCAGGGACGUGCAAAGGCUGGCAUCAGUGUUCAGAGUACAGAUCAGUUGAAGGUACAGAAGGAACACUACGGUCAGGAACUCAAAUGUUUGUCAGAGGGAAACUCGCUUCCAAUGAACAGUAAAAUACUGUCAUUACAUCCAAUCUUAGACGAGGACGGAAUACUCCGGGUCGGUGGGAGGUUAAACAAGGCAAAGGAUCGAUUACCGAUGAACGACAUCAACCCCAUCAUCAUCCCAAAAUCUCAUGUUUCAUCUCUCCUUGUGAAACAUCACCAUGACAAAGUGCAUCAUCAAGGUCGACACAUCACAGAGGGAGCCAUACGUUCCGCUGGGUACUGGCGCGUAGGAGGAAAACGCAUUAUUUCAUCUCUAAUAAACUCCUGUGUUAUCUGCAGGAAACUUAGGGGAAAGUUGUCAUUUCAGAAGAUGUCAGAUCUGCCCGUGGAUAGACUCAUACCUACCCCUCCGUUCACAAACGUUGGGGUGGAUACCUUUGGGCCGUGGUCGGUCGUGACUAGGAAAACACGCGGAAGACAAGCCAAUAGCAAGCGGUGGGCCGUACUCUUUACCUGCCUCACGACGCGCGCUAUCCACAUCGAAGUUGUUGAAGAGCUAAGUAGUUCUUCAUUUAUCAACGCUCUCAGACGCUUUAUGUCCCUUCGGGGCCCUGUCACACAGUUCCGGUCGGACAGGGGUACUAACUUUGUAGGAGCCCUGGAUCACUUGGAGGUAAACUCUGUCAAUGUCGAGGACGAUUCGGUACACAACUUCCUUUACGAAAAGGGCGCUACUUGGAUCUUCAAUCCUCCCCACUCCUCCCAUAUGGGGGGAGUCUGGGAAAGGAUGAUCGGGACCUCUCGUAGGAUUUUAGACUCCAUGCUGCUCGCGCACAACAAGAAAGACCUCACCCACGAGGUCCUCUGCACCUUUAUGGCAGAGGUAUGUGCAAUUGUCAACGCGCGCCCUAUAGUCUCCGUCUCAUCGGAUCCGGUAUCACCUUCGGUUCUAUCUCCUGCAGUGUUACUCACCCAGAAGUGUGACCCAACAUCUGAACCUUUCACUCACCUUGACAUCCGCGAUGCGUACAAGUCUCAGUGGAGAUACGUACAAUUUCUAGCAGAGACAUUCUGGAAACGCUGGAAACAGGAAUACCUCAACAGUCUUCAGAAAAGCCAGAAGUGGCACAGGGAAACCUCGAACCAUAAGGAAGGGGAUGUGGUUUUAAUGAAAGAUGACCAGUCGGGACACAGGAACAACUGGCCUAUGGGAGUGAUUGAGAGAACUUUCCCAAGUGAUGACGGUUUGGUGAGGAAAGUUGAGGUUCGUGUGUCUAGGUGUGAUGGCGAGACCACAACCUUUGUAAGGCCGGUGUCUGAACUCAUUUUGCUUAUUUCUGAAUAA